AAAAAAAUUUUCCUCUCGCGGUUUCUAGGUCGUUCUCCUUAGAAGCCCAAGCGCCAAGGGCUCGUUUCUCAGCUACUCCGAACUCCGCGGAUUCUUCGUUCAGUCUCGGCGCGAAUCUUCAAUCGCCAAUCCUGCCGGCAGUCAGCGGACGAAUCUUUUUGUCGCCGCCCUGUUUCCGAAAAUUGUCAGGGGAGCGGGUGCUCGGAGGCCAAUGGGGGUCUAGAAACGGAAUGAAUUCUCGGUGUCGAUUUUGUUAGAGACUAUAGCGAAAGAAUUAGGAAGAAGGUGGGAGAUGGAAAGUGGAAGUGGGGAACUGGUAAAGGAGGUAAUCUUCGAGACUCGCCAGCACGCCGCAGGGGUUUUCGCUCCAGAUUUUUCUCAACUGGAGACGGGAAGCGGUACGUCUAGAAGUGGUUUAACAUCUUAUCUCUCAAUUCAAGGUGUGAAACAUCUUAAGCAGAAAUGGAAUGAAUAUUGGAGACCAAGAAGGUCUAAGAGAAAGAUGGCACUUUUUGUUUCCCCUGAUGGCGAGCACGUUGCUCUAGCUUUUCAAAAUCAGCUUGUUAUUUUGCAGAAGAAUGAUGAUUAUAUGGAGCCAUGUGGUGUUUAUAAUGGUGAUGACAGGUUAGCUUUUUUUACUAAUGGAGCUUGGAUGGAACCUCAGGGUAUUCUUGGGGUCAUUGAUGACCUGUGUACCUUUUAUUUAAUCAACUCAAAUGGGAGGGAAAUAAUGAGAUCGAGUAGGAGUGAGUUAAAAUUGACUGCACCCAUUAUUGAAUUGGUUGUGCUGGAUGAUGUCAACUCGAAAAAGUCUUGCAUGAGUGCCUUUGGCAUUUUUACUGCAGAUGGCUUGGUUCAUUCUUUUGAGGUUUGUAAAGAACCCAGAGCAAGCAUCUUCCCACUUCCCACCUUAAAUAAUCCCUUAAAAGACAGAUUGCCUCGCCAUGUAUCAUGUCUUGACUACCAUCCAGAUCUGUCUCUGGUUGUCUUAGUUGAUGCUUUUAAAGUCUCAGAAAAACACCAAUCUUUUUUUGGAUUAUAUUCUCUUUAUUUAUUGCGGAUGGCCACAAAUUCAGAUCCAAAGUUAGUAUUCUGUAGUCCUCCGUUUGAAGGUCUAUUUUCUUCUCCGAAAGGUCACUUUUCUCUUAUUUCACCAAAAGUGUCCAUCUCACCACAGGGAAAAUAUAUUGCUACUCUUGAUUUGACUGGUUGCAUAGAUGUUUUUUGUAUUGAUUCUGAUACUCUUUCCGUUCUUUGCUUUGCUGAGAGGCUUCAUUCACAAUGUUCUAAUAAUGUGCCACAAAGGAGGAAAAAUAACUUAAAGGAUAUUAUUGACAUCAGUUGGUGGACCGAUAAUGUUCUGAUUCUCGUGAACACUAGUGGUUAUUUGACCAUGUAUGAUGUUUUAAAUGAUAAGAUUGUUCUAAAGGAGGGUCCACAUUUCUCUAUGCCUGUCAUUGGGAGGCUUAAGUACAUUCAAGGACAUGCUUUUUUUUUGGAGGGAGGAUCUUGUGAGGGAGGACUAUCAGAAACUGAGCAGACUGGAAGCAAAAAAGCUUCAAACAUAAACGAGCUUUAUGAUUCCAAACUACACUGGAGCCUGCUAUCAAUUUCUAGGAGGUCUGUCUUAGAAAUGUAUAGCAUUCUCAUCCGUAAUCAGGAAUAUCAUUCUGCUUUGGAAUUUGCUGAUCGUCAUGGUCUAGACAGAGAUGAAGUAAUUAAAGCACAGUGGUUAAGUUCGUGUUAUGGAAUCCAAGACGUGGAUCAGUUUUUAUGCAAAAUCAGCGAUCGGGAGUUUGUGCUGUCUGAGUGUGCAGACAAAGUUGGACCAACAGAAGGUGCAGUCAAGGCUUUGCUUUCAUACGGGAUUCAUAUCAGUGAGGAUUACUUAUUUUCAAACUUGGAUAAUGAAGAUUCAUCCUUACCUUGGGAUUUUUGGGUGGCUAGACUUCAGUUGCUACAAUACAGAGAUAAAUUAGACACCUUUGUAGGGAUAAACAUGGGAAGGUUUUCAGCAGAGGAAUAUAGCAAUUUCCGUGCUAUUCCGGUCACAAAUGCUGCUGUUAAUCUUGCAGAAAAUGGCAAAAUUGGUGCUCUUAACUUGCUUUUCAAGCGUCAUCCUUAUUCGCUUUCCCAAGAUAUCUUGCAUGUUUUGUCUGCAAUCCCCGAAACUGUCCCCGUCCAGUCAUAUGUUCAGCUCCUUCCUGGGAAGAGUCCACCAGCUACCAUUGCUUUAAGGGAGAGAGAUUGGGUUGAGUGCGAACGAAUGAUAUCCUUUUUUGAUAAAAUGCCUGGUGGGACUGAGAAGAUUAUACAAGUGAGGACUGAAAAUAUCUUGAAGCUUUCUGUGGGUUUUGUUUGGCCAUCAAGUGUUGAACUUGUUGAUUGGUAUACUAAUAGAGCUAGGAAUAUUGAUUUCCUGAGUGGCCAGCUUGAAAGCUGUCUUGCCUUGGUGGAGUUUGCAUGUCGCAAGGAUAUUUUAGAGUUGCAACAAUUCCUCGAGGAUAUAACAUACCUGCAUCAUCUCAUUUAUGCUGAUGGAUGUUCUCAAGAUUUUAUGAUGAGCCUUGUUGAGUGGGAACAAUUGCCAGACUAUGAGAAGUUUAAAAUGCUUCUUAAGGGGGUUACAGUGGAUUCUGUAGUAGAAACAUUGCAAGAAAAAGCUAUUCCAUUUAUGCAAAAGCGAUUUCAUCUUGAGCAAGUUGAUUCCAUUGAACAAAAGAAUGAUGUGAUUGGUUUCAUGCAUUAUAAAGAAAGUGAUUCCUUUUUAGUUAGAUGGAUGAAGGAGAUUGCAUCUGACAACAGGCUAGAUACUUGCUUAAAAGUCAUUGAAAAUGGAUGUCGAGAGUCUCCAGUUUGUGGAUUUUUUAAGGAUGAAACUGAAAUAGUAGAAACAGCAUUAGAAUGUAUAUAUUCGUGCCCUCUUACUGAUCAGUGGAAUGUGAUGGCAUCCAUCUUGUCAAAGCUUCCACGCAAAUCAUUAAGAGAGAAAACCUUGAAGGAUAUCACUCCGAAGCAUGGCAAUCUAGGUUCCCCAAGAUUUUCUUACAUAAGAAGUCACCUUUCAAAGCCAGUGAGGCAAUCUAAUCCGUUAAAUUCACAAGAGGAAGACUCUGGACAACAUAUUUCUGGAGGCAUUGAUCAGUUCGUUUCUUCAAUGGCUGAUGAUAACCUUGAGAAGAGAAUAAAAAAAGCUGAAGGUCAUGUUGAAGUUGGAAGGCUGUUGGCAUACUAUCAGGUGCCAAAACCUAUCAGCUUUUUUCUCAAUGCUGAGUCAGAUGAGAAGAAUGUGAAACAGCUUCUUCGUCUCAUUUUGUCAAAAUUUGGACGAAGGCAACCGGGUAGAUCAGAUAGUGAAUGGGCUAAUAUGUGGCAAGAUAUGGUUUGUUUCCAGGAACAAGCAUUUUCUUUUCUAGAUACAGAGUACAUGCUAAUUGAAUUUUGUAGAGGCCUUCUGAAAGCAGGAAAAUUUAGUCUUGCAAGGAAUUAUUUGAAAGGGAUAGGUACCAUCUCCUUGGCAACUGAGAAGGCCGAAAUUCUAGUUGUUCAAGCAGCAAGGGAAUACUUCUUUUCUGCUUCCAGUCUUUCUUGCUCUGAGAUAUGGAAGGCUAGGGAAUGUCUCAGUCUCUUUCCAAAUAGCAAAGUUGUUCAGUCGGAGGCUGAUGUUAUUGAAGCACUUACUGUUAGACUUCCAAAUCUUGGUGUGACUCUUCUACCGGUGCAGUUUAGGCAGAUAAGAAAUCCAAUGGAGAUUAUCAACAUGGCAAUUUCAAGUCAAACUGGAGCAUAUCUUAAUGUUGAGGAACUUAUUGCGGUUGCAAAACUGCUUGGACUUGGAUCUCCAGAUGACAUAGCUGCAGUUGAAGAGGCAAUAGCCCGAGAAGCUGCAAUAGCUGGUGAUUUGCAACUGGCUUCUGAUCUCUGCCUUGUGUUGGCAAAUAAGGGCCAUGGUCCUAUCUGGGAUUUAUGCGCUGCAAUUGCAAGGAGUCCCUAUAUGGACACUUUGGAUACCAGCUCCCGGAAACAGCUACUAGGCUUUGCAUUGAGCCACUGUGAUGAGGAAUCCAUUGGGGAAUUAUUGCAUACUUGGAAAGAUGUUGACAUGCAUAUGGACUAUGAACAUCUAAUGAUUUCAACUGAAACUUGUCCUCCAAAUUUUUCAUUCAAGGGUUCAACAGUAAUACCACUUCCUGUAAAUAGUCUUCAGGAUAUAUUGAACCUAAGAGAUGAGUCUAAAACUAUAAGUAAUGAUCAUAAGGAAGAUGAAGAUAACAAUAAGGUUUUUUUUGAAUGCCUCAAAAGCCUCCUUUCUGGAGUUGCUGAGGAGUGUUCAACCGAAGGUGGCAUUACCUGGGAUUCUCUGCUUAGAGAAAAUAGGAAAGUAUUAUCAUUUUCUGCUUUAGAACUCCCAUGGCUUCUUGAAUUGAGCCGUAAGGAAGAAUAUGGCAGAAAAAUAACUCCUGGUACAAAAGCUCCUCCCGGAAAACACUCCAUUUCUAUUAGAUUUCAAGCUUUGAUCAAUAUCAUCCAUUGGUUAGCUGGAAAUGAUAUUGCUCCAAGGGAUAAUCUACUCAUCUCACUUGCUGAGUCCAUUAUGGUUUCCCCUGUGACUGAGGAUGAUGAUAUUCUUGGUUGUUCGUAUCUAUUAAAUCUAUUUGAUGCUUUUCAUGGAGUUGAAGUAAUAGAGGAGCAACUAAAGCAAAGAGAAGGAUAUCAGGAAAUACACAGCAUCAUGAAUAUUGGAAUGUCAUACAGCUCAAUACAAAACUUGUUUAAAGAAGCCUCUAGUCCUGAUCAGAGAAGGAUGCUGUUGCUUCAGAAAUUUCGGGAUAAAUAUGAAUCAUUUGGUUCAGCAGACAAAGUGGAACAAAUUGACAAACUGCAUUCUACAUUUUGGAGAGAGUGGAGAACAAAAUUAGAAGAUCAGAAACGUCUAGCCGACCAAACAAGGGCGCUGGAGGAAUCAGUUCCUGGAGUAGAUACGUAUCGCUUCUUGUCAGGAGACAUUGAAUACAUCAGAGGUGUUAUAUUUUCGUUAAUUGAUUCAGUAAAGACUCAGAAAAAGCACAUUCUCAAGGAAGUAGUAAAAUUGGCAGAUACCUAUGGUUUGCCUCGCAGUGAGGCAUUACUUCGAUUCUUUGGCUCUGUCCUUGUAUCCGAACAGUGGGAAAAUGAUGAAAUCCUUGCAGAAGUUUCACAGUACCGAGAAGACAUUGCCAAAUGUGCCAUGGGAAUCAUUGAAAUCAUUUCUACAGUUGUAUUCCCUGAAAUUAAUGGGUGCAACAAACAUCGUCUCUCCUAUGUUUACAGCAUUCUUUCUGCCUGCCAUUUGCGCUGUAGUAAAUUCGAAGAGCCAGCAUUGUCACCUAGCCAGCAUCAUCAAUUGCAAAAGCAUAUCGAGCCAUUUCGGUUUUAUAAAGCUCUUGAAAAAGAAUGCCAAAGGGUAUCCUUUAUCAAGGAGUUAGACUUCAAAAAUAUUGCUAGACUAAAUGAGUUGAACUAUGACAGCUUUAAUGAAGAAAUCCUAAAUAACAUCAAUGAGUCUACUGUAGAAGCUCUUGCAGACAUGGUGCGUAUCCUUGUAAGCAUGUUUAAUGAUACAAAUGAGAAGGGUCUUAUAUCAUGGCAAGAUGUGUACAAGCAUCAUGUUCUAAGUCUCUUGGAAUCUCUAGAGAGUCGAGCUAGAGAAAGUCUUGUUGGCAAAACCCCAGAAGAUUUGCAGGUUUUAUUAGGGGAAAUUGAUCGGAAUUUUGAUCACUGCAAGCAAUAUAUCAGGGCCCUACCAGAAAUGGAUAUGUUGCGCAUAAUAAAGAGGUUUCUAAAGCUUUGUAUACCUUUCAAUUCUUCAUGGAAUCUAACUGACGAUCCUGGAUGGAAGUACUGUCUUGUCUUGGUCUUGAGUCUUUGGAUUAAACUGGUAGAAGAUGCACAAGUGACUGAAUGCUGUGAUGCUUCCGACAAGCCUGUCUCCUCCAAUGAAAGGAUCCUGCCCAAGUUUCUAAAGAUCUUUGAAAAGUUUGUGAUGGAAGAUCAAAUCUCAGCUAGUGAGGGCUGGUGCGUUAUCAUUAACUAUGCUCAUCAGGAUGAGGGGAUUCCUCUUUCAGACAUACCAUCUUUCUUCAAAUCUAUGAUUGUUUCAGGUUGCAGGUUUUAUUCAAUUGCUAAUUUAUAUUUUGAAGCACAAAUACUCCCGUCGAGCUCUAGUACAAGUGGAAAGCAGGAGAGUCUACUGGAUCUGUAUACUAAUCUCACAGAAACUGCUCUAUCAAGUAUAAGCCAUGGCUUUGCUGAGCGGAGGAACUUGCACCAGUUGCUAUCAUCUUUGAGCAAGUUAGAGGGUAGUCAUACAGAUGAUCUUAAGGUGAUCCGGUCUCAUGUUUGGAGAAAGCUGAGAGCACUUUCUGAUAACAUGCAACUAGAAAGUAACAUAAAAGUAUAUGCCUUGGAGCUUAUGCAGUGCAUCACAGGACAAAACUACAGAAGUCUCCCUGAUGAAAUCGUUUCAGAGGUUCAGCCAUGGGAGGAUUGGGAUGACUCUUGUCAGUCAAAGACCCUAACGCAUGGAACAGAUGGAUCCACAAACAUAACAAGUACUCUAAUAGCCUUGAAAUCAUCUCGGUUGCUUACACCAAUCAUGCCAUAUAUCAAAAUUACUCCCGAAGAUCUUAGUAGCCUAGACUCAGCAGUAAGUUGCUUUUUAAAUCUAUUUGAAUCUGCAAAUUCAGCCGAGGACGUUGAUGUGCUGAAGGCUGUUUUAGAAGAAUGGGAAAUAUUAUUUUCCGGCACCACUGACGAGGAGGAACCCGAGAAAUCUACAAAAGAAGACCCUGAUUGGAACAAUGAUGACUGGGAUGAAGGCUGGGAAACCCUUCCUGAUGAACUACUGAUCAAUGCAGACAAAAAGGAAAAGCAAUCACAUUCUAUCCGUCCGCUUCAUGCCUGUUGGAUGGAGAUUAUCAAAGUACUUAUCACCCAUUCCAGACCCAUUGCAGUAAUGGAAUUACUGGACCAAGUAUCAUCCAAAUCUGGUGGGAUAUUACUAGAUGAAGAGGAAACAAAGUCUCUGUUUCAUAUAAUAGUUGAGAUAGACUGCUUCAUGGCUCUGAAGAUUCUCUUGCUUCUCCCUUAUGACGCCCCCAGGCUCCUUUGCUUUCAAGCAAUCGAGUUGAAACUUAAAGAAAAAUUUCCCCCUCCCAGCAGUUCUAAUGUCAAUGAAUCCGAGCUUUUGCUGCUUGUGCUCUCAUCAGGGGUCCUUCAAAGCAUCAUUUCCGAUCCCAGCCUUGGCAAUUUCUUCUCUUACUUGUGCCAUCUGGUGGGGCAUCUGGCGAGAGAUUGCCAGGAAGACAUGCUCAAAUACAGAAAUAGUAGAACUGGCAGAGCAAACCGGAACAGGUUCUUGGUCUUUGGCAAGCUUUUGCUGCCAUGUUUCAUUGCAGAGCUUGUACUAGCGAAGCAGGGCAUACUGGCUGGAUUUAUGGUGUCCCAGUGGAUGCACACACAUCCUUCGCUCGGCCUGAUGGAUAUUGUUGAGGCAAGCCUGAGAAAGUACUUGGAAGGUCAGUUGCUUCAGGCUGAAGAUUCUGGGAGCAAUGACUUGGGUGCUUUCGGGUCCUUCCAGUUUAGUGUUUCCAGGUUGAGAGGUAAGCUCAGCACCUUGGUACAGUCCGCUCUUUUAGCUCUUACAACAAAUAUUUAAUAGCUGAGAUUAAAUAUUUGUUUAGAGGGAGCUGCAUAGUUUUUUGUUUUUUGUUUUUUGUUUUUAUAACUAAUUACCGAUCAAUAGAAUGAGCGAUUUAUCAUUAUAUUUUUAGUGUUAUAUCUAAUAUUUACUAUUUACAAGGCCGUGAUGUAAUUUGCGAGUUACAUUUUAUCAGAAAUUAUUACUAAUUUUUCUUG